AUGCCAACAACCCUCGCAUUCAUCGGCUGCGGCAACAUGGGCUCCGCAAUCCUAAGCGGGCUGCUAGACGCCACCCGCUCGGAACCCGCAACCGCCAAAAUCACGCACUUCACCGUGAGCACGAAAAGCGCGACCUCAGCGGCCAAGCUGCGCGCCGAAUACGCCGCAGACUCGUCCCGGGUGACAGUCGCGCACGGGGCCAAUGUGCGCGCCAUGCAAGACGCAGACAUCGUCAUGCUGGCGUGCAAGCCCUUCCUGGCGCAGAGCAUUCUGGCCGAGCCGGGCGUGUCGGCGGCGCUGGUGGGGAAGUUCGUGAUCAGCGUCAUGGCGGGCAAGACGCCGGCCGAGAUCAUGGAGUUCAUUUAUGGGGAUGGCGGCUCAGCCCAGACGACGGAGAACAGGCCGGUGAUUGUCACGGCCAUGCCGAAUGUGGCCGCGCGACUGCGUCAGUCCAUGACGAUUAUUGGCACGGUGAAGUUUGUGGCACCGGAUUUGGUGAAUGCCGGGUCGAUGGUUUCUGGGGCGGCCAUGGCGCUCAUGAGUCUGGCUGUUGAUGGCAUUAUGGAUGGUGCUGUCAUGGAGGGCUUUCGACGCCCGGAUGCGAUGGAGGUGUCGGCGCAGGUGUUGGAGGGGUUGGCGGGGUUGUUGAGGGAAGGGGUUCAUCCGGCGGUUUUGAGGGAGAGUAUUUCCUCGCCGAAGGGGUGUACCAUCCAGGGAUUGUAUGCCUUAGAGAAGAAUGGGGUGCGCGGGGCGUAUGCUGAGGCGUUGGUGAGAGGUAUCAAGCACCUGAGGGGGGAGACGUAG